AUGACAUCGGAGACCGACUGGCAUACUGUAUCCGUGAAAAUUCCACUCGCCUCAUCGAAGCAUGCUCUUAUCGCAAAGCAAGUCAUUGAGGUUGACCCAGAGCUUCAACCACAGGCUGUAAAACGGACGUUAUCAGUUGACGACAAUCUUCUAAUCGCAACGUUCCAAACUCUCACUGUACGAUUGGCUCGUUUGACGCUGAAUGCCUUUUUGGAGAAUGUAGAUUUGGUGAUUCGUACGAUAGAACAUUUUGGUGAAGAGGCAGAGAACCGACCAUCGUAG